AUGCGUGUUGGCUGGGCGAAGCUGGCCCCGCUGUGGGCGCUGGCGCUGGCCCUGGCUUGCUGCCAGCACACAGGGCAGGCCCAGGGUGACGCUCUGAAGUCCAGCUAUAAGCAGCACCCAAGCCUCUCCCCGGCUCGGGGGCAUGGCGGUGACCCACUCCGAGGCGUGACGCUCCUCUCUCCGCUGAGGCCCCUCCCAGUGGUCCAGGCCCUGAACCCCGCGCACAACGGGCAGGUGUGCAGCACCUGGGGCGACUUCCACUACAAGACCUUCGACGGCCGCGUCUUCCGCUUCCCCGGCCUCUGCAACUACGUGUUCUCCGCGCACUGCGGCGCCGCCUACGAGGACUUCAACGUGCAGCUGCGCCGCGGCCCGCUCUCCAACACCUCCGCGCUGCAGGUCACCAUGAAGCUCGACGGCCUGGUCGUCCAGCUGGCCAAGAGCUCCGUCCUGCUGGAGCUGGACGGCAAGUAUGCCAACAAGACCUGUGGGCUCUGUGGCGAUUUCAACGGCAGCCCCGCGUCCAGCGAGUUCGUCGUUCACAAUGUCAAGCUGACCCCCCUCGAGUUUGGGAACCUGCAGAAGAUGGAUGGUCCCACAGAGCAGUGCCAAGACCCCGUCCCGGAGCCUCAGAAGAACUGCUCAAACAGCCACGGCAUCUGCGAUGAGAUCUUGAGAAGCCGGCUGUUCUCCGGCUGUGCGGCCCUGGUGGACGUAGGCAGCUACGUGGAGGCCUGCCGGCAGGACGUCUGCCGGUGCGCCCACGCCCACCUGCCCACCUGCCUCUGCCACACCCUGGCCGAGUACUCGAGGCAGUGCGCCCACGCGGGAGGGCAGCCGCAGGACUGGCGGGGUCCCGACCUCUGCCCCCGGACGUGCCCCCUCAACAUGCAGCACCAGGAGUGCGGCUCGCCCUGCGUGGACACCUGCUCCAACCCCCAGCGCUCCCAGACCUGCGAGGACCACUGUGUCGCUGGGUGUUUCUGCCCCAAGGGGCUGGUGCACGAUGACAUCGGCCAGACUGGCUGUGUGCCGGUGUCGCAGUGUGCCUGCCUGUACAACGGGACUGCUUAUGCACCGGGAGCCAACUACUCUACAGACUGCACCACUACGUGCUCUGGAGGCCGGUGGGGCUGCCGGGAGGUCCCCUGCCCAGGCACCUGCUCCGUGCUGGGCGGUUCCCACUUCUCCACGUUCGAUGAGAGGCAGUACACAGUGCACGGAGACUGCAGCUAUGUGCUGACCAAGCCCUGCGACAGUGGCGCCUUCACUGUGCUGGCUGAGCUGCGCAGGUGCGGGCUGACCGACAGUGAGACCUGCCUGAAGAGCGUAACGCUGAGCCUGGGUGGGGGGCAGACGGUUGUCGUGAUGAAGGCCAGUGGAGAGGUCUUUGUGAAUCAGAUCUACACGCAGCUGCCGGUCUCUGCAGCCAACGUCACCCUCUUCAGACCCUCAACCUUCUUCAUCAUCGCUCAGACCACCCUGGGCCUGCAGCUGGAUGUCCAGCUGGUGCCCACCAUGCAGGUGUUUGUGCGGCUGGCACCUGAGCUCCGGGGACUGACCUGCGGUCUCUGCGGGAACUUCAAUAGCAUCCAGGCUGAUGACUUCCGGACCAUCAGUGGGGUGGUGGAGGGCACUGCUGCUGCUUUCUUCAACACCUUCAAGACACAGGCUGCCUGCCCCAAUGUUAAGAACAUCUUUGAGGACCCCUGCUCGCUCAGCGUGGAGAAUGAGAAGUAUGCCCAGUACUGGUGCUCACAGCUGACAAACUCCAACGGCCCUUUUUCCCAGUGCCACGCCACCGUGAACCCUGCUGCCUACUACUCGAACUGCAUGUUCGACACGUGCAACUGUGAAAAGAGCGAGGAUUGCAUGUGCGCGGCCCUGUCAUCCUACGUGCGUGCCUGUGCGGCCCGGGGCGUGCUGCUCAGCGGCUGGCGGGAUGGCCUCUGCACAAAACCCACCACCACCUGCCCGAAGUCAAUGAGCUACCAUUACCACAUCAGCACCUGCCAGCCCACCUGCCGCUCCCUGAGCCAGGAGGAUGUCACCUGUCAGGUCAGCUUUGUCCCUGUGGAUGGCUGUGCCUGCCCCGAGGGCACCUUCCUGGAUGACAUGGGCAAGUGUGUGGCGGCAGCCAGCUGCCCCUGCUACCACAGAGGCUCCCUGGUCCCCAACGGCGAGUCCGUGCACGACAACGGGGCUGUCUGCACCUGCACAACGGGGUCCCUGACCUGCAUCGGAGGCCCUGCUCCCACCCCAGUGUGCGAAGCACCCAUGGUCUACUUCGACUGCCGAAACGCUACAGCCGGGGCUACCGGGGCUGGCUGCCAGAAGAGCUGCCACACGCUGGACAUGGCCUGUUACAGCCCUCAGUGCGUGCCUGGCUGUGUGUGCCCUGAUGGGCUGGUGGCAGAUGGCGACGGUGGCUGCGUGGCUGUGGAAGACUGUCCCUGUGUGCACAACGAGGCCACGUACAGACGCGGGGAGACGAUCCGGGUGGGCUGCAACACCUGCACCUGUGAAAGCAGAAAGUGGCAGUGCACAGAUGAGCCCUGCCUGGCCACCUGCUCUGUUUAUGGGGAUGGCCACUACCUCACCUUUGACGGGCAGCGCUACAGUUUCAGUGGAGACUGCGAGUAUACACUGGUGCAGGACCACUGCAGCGGGAACAGCAGUGCGCAGGGCACCUUCCGCGUGGUCACGGAGAACGUCCCCUGCGGCACCACAGGGACCACCUGCUCCAAAGCCAUCAAGCUCUUCCUCGGGCACUACGAGCUGAAGCUGAGCGACGGGAAGGUGGAGGUGGUUCAGAAGGAGGCGGGGCAGGAGAUGCCCUUCUCCAUCCGCCAGGUGGGCGUCUACCUGGUGGUGGAGACGGACGUUGGCCUGGUGCUACUGUGGGACAGAAGGACCAGCAUCUUCCUCAGGCUGGAUCCAGAGUUCAAGGGCAGGGUCUGCGGCCUGUGCGGGAACUUCGAUGACAACGCCAUCAACGACUUCACCACGCGGAGUCAGUCUGUGGUCGGAGACGCCCUGGAGUUCGGCAACAGCUGGAAGUUCUCCCCGUCCUGCCCCGAUGCCCUGGUGCCCAAGGAUCCCUGCACUGCCAACCCUUACCGCAAGUCCUGGGCCCAGAAGCAGUGCAGCAUCAUCAACAGCAAGACCUUCGCUGCCUGCCACGCCCAUGUGGAGCCCACCAAGUACUACGAGGCCUGCGUGAGCGACGCGUGCGCCUGCGAUGCGGGGGGAGACUGCGAGUGUCUCUGCACCGCCGUGGCGGCCUACGCCCAGGCCUGCCACGACGUGGGCGUGUGCGUGUCCUGGAGGACGCCCGACGUCUGCCCGCUCUUCUGCGACUACUACAACGCGGAGGGCCAGUGCACGUGGCACUACCAGCCCUGUGGAGCCCCCUGUAUGCGCACCUGCCAGAACCCCAGCGGCCAGUGCCUGAACGGCCUUCGUGGCCUUGAAGGCUGUUACCCCCAGUGCUCAGCUGACACACCCAUCUUCGAUGAGGACAAGAUGCAGUGUGUGGCCACGUGCCCCACCCCGCCACCACCGCCACCCAUCUGCCGUGUCCACGGGAAGUCGUACCGGCUGGGCGCUGCGGUGCCCUCCGACCAGAACUGUCACUCCUGCGUCUGCACGGAGCGCGGCACGCACUGCGUCCACGACCCCCAGGCCUGUGUCUGCACCUACGGCGGGAGCCGCUUCCAUCCGGGGGACGUGAUCUACCACACGGCCGACGGCACGGGCGGCUGUAUCACUGCCCGCUGUGGGGCCGAGGGCACCAUUGAGAGGAAGACCUAUGCGUGCAGCCCCACCACCCCAGGGCCCACAACCACCUUCUCCUUCUCCACGGCGCCGCCCGCACCAGCCCCGGUGCCAGCUCUGUCCCCUUCUUUGCCCACAGCUGUGAGCUCAAGGCAAACCGUUGGCACGGGGCCCAGCCCCACCCAGAGCACAGCACGCACGGAGCCCCCGAGCACCGCCUCCUCCUCCAGGGAGAUGCCGGGCACCACCUCUGUGAGGACCAGCUCGGGCUGCGAGGACCAAUGCCUGUGGUCCCCGUGGCUGGACGUCAGCCGUCCAGGGCUGGGGCUCGACAGCGGUGACUUCGAGACGCUGGAGAACCUCCGGGCGCACGGGUUCCGGGUCUGCCCGGCGCCCAGGGCCGUGCAGUGCCGGGCCGAGGGCGCACCCGAGGAGCGCCCCCUGGCCCCGGGCCAGCGCGUGGACUGCAGCCCCACCGUGGGGCUGAGCUGCCGCAACAGGGACCAGGCGUCGGGGCUCUGCCACAACUACCAAGUGAGGAUCCUGUGCUGCAGCCCCGCGCCCUGCUCCAGCUCCGGCAGCCCCGAACCGACCCUCAGCACCGCCUCCAGCACAGCCAGACCCGGAACCACCGCCUCCCCGGCCGCCUCCACCUCAGCCACUGUCUCCACAGCUAGUGCUCCUGUGCCUGCCCCGGGCACCUCCACACCUGCCCUGAGCACCCCUACACCUGCCCCAGGCACCCCUACACCUGCCCCAGACACCCCUACACCUGCCCCACGCACCCCUACACCUGCCCCACGCACCCCUACACCUGCCCAAACAACUCUUCCCACCACUAGCAUAAUGCACGUGUCAACCACUUCAGCAAGGCCCUCCAUGUCCACUAUGGGCACGGAAGCCACGGCGCACACCCACAGCCUGACCUCCCCUGGAGGCCCCUGCCGGCGGGAGCUGUGCGAAUGGACCCAAUGGAUGGAUGGCAGCUAUCCCAAGCCAGACAGGAACAGUGGGGAUUUCGACACCUUUGAAAACCUGCGGUCCCAGGGAUUUCAGUUCUGUGAGCGCCCUCAGCAGGUGGACUGCAGGGCACAGUUUUUCCCCAACACACCGCUGGCUGAGCUGGGCCAGGACGUGACCUGCAGCCUGGAGCAGGGGCUGAUCUGCCUGAACAAAAACCAGCUCCCGCCCAUCUGCUACAACUACGAGAUCCGGGUGAAGUGCUGCCGCACCGUGGAUCAGUGUGCUACCAGCAUGCGGGCCCCCACCGGGGCCGGCCCACGCAACACCAGCCCCCAGACGCCAGCAACUGGCUGGACUGCCAGCAGACACUCGCCAGCAGACAGCUCAGCACCUGUGCCCAGAACCAGAAACUCCACCGGCAGAACUCAAACCAGGACUGCACCUGUAACCACUAACUGCCAGCCACAGUGCAACUGGACCAAGUGGUUCAACGUGGACUCCCCCGUCCCUGGGCCUCAUGGAGGGGACGUGGAAACCUACAGCCGCAUCCUCAGGGCGGGAGAGCAGAUCUGCAGUCGCCCCGAGGAGAUCACUCGGCUGCAGUGCCGGGCCGAGAGCUACCCGGAAGCGAGCCUGGAGAGCCUGGGCCAGGUGGUGCUGUGCGACCCUGACGUGGGCCUGCUGUGCCGGAACCAGGACCAGCUGGGGACCCAGAGAAAGUGCCUGGACUACUCGGUGCGGGUGCUGUGCUGCCGGCAGCCCGAGGGCUGCGGUGUGACUCCGACGGUGCCUCACACGAUCUCCACCGCCUCCGCCUGGUCUCCGCCACCCUCCCAGUCAGCUCCCUCCUCGCCUUGGACGUCCGGCUCCCUGUCAGUCUCCACUCCCAAAUGCUUCUGCAAUGUGCACAACCACCUGUAUGCAGCAGGGUCUACUGUAUACCUCCAGAGAGACCUCGAGGGCCAUUGCUACCACGCCACGUGCAGCCAGGACUGCCUGGUCAUCCGGGGUGUGGACCAGGACUGUCCCUCCACCCCACAGCCCCCCACGCCCUCUUUGUCCCCCUCCCCAUCAUCGCCCUCUCCGCCGCCCACCUCUCCCUCGGGCUCCUCGCCUGCCCACUGGUGCCACAAUGUGAUUCCUCCAAGAAAGAAAGGGGAGACGUGGGCCAUGGCCAACUGCUCCCAGGCCACCUGUGAGGAGGACCACAGCGUCUCCCUGAGCCCCCGCACCUGCCCGGAGAUAGAAGCGCCCGCGUGUGCCAAUGGCUACCCGGCCUUGAAGGUGGACGACGAGGACGGCUGUUGCCAGCACUACCAGUGCCAGUGUGUGUGCAGCGGCUGGGGAGACCCCCAUUACAUCACGUUCGACGGGACGUACUACACCUUCCUGGACAACUGCACCUACGUGCUGCUGCAGCAGAUCGUGCCCGUGUUUGGCCACCUGCGGGUCCUGGUCGACAACUACUUCUGCGACCCCAAGGACCAGGUGUCCUGCCCGCAGUCCAUCAUCGUGGAGUACCACCAGGACCGCGUGGUGCUCACGCGCAGGCCGGUCGGCGGGGUCAUGACCAACCAGAUCCUUUUCAACGACGAGGUGGUCAGCCCCGGCUUCCAGAGGAACGGCAUCGCCGUCUCUCGCGUGGGCAUCAAGAUGUACGUGACCAUCCACGAGAUCGGCGUCCAGGUCAUGUUCUCCGGCCUCAUCUUCUCGGUGGAGGUGCCGUUCCACACGUUUGCCAACAACACCGAGGGCCAGUGUGGCACCUGCAGCAAUAACCAGAGGGACGAGUGCCGACUUCCCAGGGGCGCCGUGGCCAGCUCCUGCUCCCAGAUGGCCGGCCACUGGAAGGUGCACAUCCCCGGCCAGCCCUCCUGCUCCGGGCCUCCGCCCCCGCCCAGCUCCGUGGUGCCCACGCCCCCACCGGCCUGGUGCCCACCCUCGCCGCUCUGCCAGCUGAUCCUGGGCGACGUCUUCCAGCCCUGCCACGCCACCGUGCCCCCGCAGCCGUUCUUGGAAGGCUGCGCCUUCGACCACUGCUACAGCACGGACAUGCAGGUGCAGUGCUCCAGCCUGGAGCUCUACGCGUCCCUCUGCGCCUCCUUCGGCGUGUGCAUCGACUGGAGGAGCCACACCAACGGCUCGUGCCAGUUCUCCUGCCCUGCCGACAAGGUGUACCAGCCCUGCGGUCCAUCCAGAGUCCGCUACUGCUACGGAAAUGACAGCGCCAGCAUCUGGUACAGGACAGGUCCUACGGUGGCGCUCCCUGAGGCUGGCCCCUUCACCGAAGGCUGCUUCUGCCCCGACACCAUGACACUGUUCAGCAACGAGGUCCCUGUCUGUGUGUCCUCCGAGUGCCCUGUGUGUCUGGGGCCCCGCGGGGAGCCGGUGGAGCCGGGCCGCACGGUCAGCGCCGACUGCCAGGAGUGCACCUGUGACCCUGCCACGCUGGCCCUGAGCUGCCGCAGGACGCCGUGCGCCCUGCCCCCCGUGUGCCGAGCGCCGGGCUUCGUGCCGGUGCCCGCGGCCCCGGAGGCUGGCCAGUGCUGCCAGGAGUUCACCUGCGCCUGCAACUCCAGCUACUGCCCCGAGCCCCUGGACUGCCCCGAGGGCUCCAUCCGGGUCGUGACCUACGAGGAAGGCGCCUGCUGCCCCAGCCAAAACUGCAGUGAGUGUCUCCAACCCUUCUGCAAUGUCAACGGGACCCUCUACAAGCCGGGCGCCAUCAUCCACUCCAGCCUCUGUGAGACGUGCAGGUGUGAGGCGCCCAGCAACUCUCCCGUGGACACUCUGGUGGUCAACUGCGAGACGCAGCACUGCGACACCCACUGCCCCCUGGGCUUUGAGUACCAGGCCCACAGCGGGCAGUGCUGCGGGUUGUGUGUGCAGAAGUACUGCGUCGUAGUGAACUCCAGCAGCGACGAUGCCCACCUGGUCCGCGUGAGUGGCCACCGCCAUGGGGCGGGGAGCCGUUCCCGGGGAGAGCCGCUCACCCGUGGCCCGGCCUCCUUCCAGGCUGGCGAGACCUGGACAGAGCCCGGGAACGGCUGCGUGACUCACCGCUGCGAGCGGCGCGGGGACCGGCUGGAGGUGGUGACGAAGGUGGCGUGCUCCGCCAACUGUUCCCAGGACCAGGACGGCCAGGAGAACCACGCCUGCCCACAGAUAAACAACGGGUCCAGCUGCACCGUGCACCACAGGGACGAGACCGUGGAGCAGGACGGCUGCCGCGGCUCCGUGCGCGCCUCCUACUGCCAGGGGCACUGCGGGGAGUCCAUGUCCAAGUACUCCCUGGAGGCCAACACAGUGGAGCACAGAUGCCAGUGCUGCCAGGAACUCCGCACCUCCCCGAGCAACGCGACCCUGCGCUGCCCGGACGGCUCCAGCCGGGUCUUCAGCUACACCCAGGUGGACGAGUGCAGCUGCCUCCAACAGCAGUGCCAAGGGCCGGGUGGCACCAGCCGCUGA